CAUCAAUUUGUUUUUCCUUUCUUCCAUGGCUUCCUAAGCUUUCCUCUCUCUCUCUUCACCUGCAAUUUUCCUUCGAUUUUUUCUCUCUCUCUUUUUAAUUUCAGUUUCUCUUAAUCUCCUUGUCUUUGGAAAAGAAACGACAUUGGUGAAUCGUCCUGUAAUUUCAUUCGUCAGAUCGUAAUAUAAUUUUAACUUAUCCCCGCAUCAAUGAUAACUUUGUUGUUUACCUGAGUUAAUCUUCCUUCCUUUGGAUGAAGAAGGUUGGUGAUUGCUGCAGCUUGUAGAAAAGCUGCUUCUUUUGAACUAUGUUUCUAACUUUUACAACUAAUCACUCCAAACAUGAGAAGCUGUUGGUUCCUCUUUACUUCAUGCUACAGUCAACAAGAAUCAACCAGUUUAUGCAAACCAGUCUUAAAACAAUAGACACAACAACACACCUAUCAAAGGUGGAGUUUAUCAUCAGAGAUCUAUUGACCAUUCUUUUAUAAUAAUGGAAAGAUAUAAGUUUCUGGAAGAGCUUGGUGAUGGUACAUGUGGCAGUGUAUAUAAGGCUGUCAAUCUUGAAACAUAUGAAGUUGUUGCUGUUAAGAAGAUGAAGCGAAAGUUUUAUUAUUGGGAAGAGUGCAUGAAUCUGCGAGAAGUAAAGGCUCUUCGUAAGCUAAACCAUCCUCACAUCAUAAAGUUGAAGGAGAUUGCGAGGGAACAUAACGAGCUUUUCUUCAUCUUUGAGUGCAUGGAUCACAAUCUAUACCAAAUAAUGAAAGAAAGGGAACAAAGACCUUUCUCUGAGGGAGAGAUAAGAAGUUUCAUGUCUCAGAUGCUUCAAGGCCUCUCACACAUGCAUAAAAAUGGUUACUUCCAUAGAGACCUGAAACCAGAGAAUUUGCUGGUGACCAACAACAUCCUGAAAAUUGCUGACUUUGGACUGGCUAGAGAAGUUGCAUCUAUGCCUCCUUAUACUGAAUAUGUGUCUACACGUUGGUAUCGAGCUCCAGAAGUUUUACUACAGUCUUCCUCAUACACUCCUGCAGUUGACAUGUGGGCAGUGGGGGCAAUAUUAGCUGAGCUUUUCGCUAUUUCUCCCUUAUUUCCUGGUGAAAGUGAGAUAGAUCAACUAUACAAGAUUUGCUCUGUUCUUGGCAAGCCUGACUGGACCACAUUUCCUGAAGCAAAAAGCAUAUCUCGGAUCAUGAGCAUUAGCCACACAGAGUUUCCUCAAACAAGGAUUGCUGAUCUACUCCCCAAUGCUUCCCCUGAAGCUAUUGAUUUGAUCACUAGACUUUGCUCAUGGGAUCCAUUGAAACGACCCACUGCUGAUGAGGCGCUAAACCAUCCCUUCUUCAAUAUGGCUACGCAGGCUUCUUAUCCUCUACAUGACCUUGAGUUGAGGCUUAACACCAUGGCGGAGAUGCCUAACCUUGAGCUUAACCUCUGGGACUUCAACACAAAACAAGAUGAAUGUUUUCUCGGCUUGACCCUGGCUGUAAAACCAAGUGCUCCUAAACUAGAAAUGGUCUGCAAUGCAUCUCAGGACAUGAGUGAGAACUUUCUCUUUUGCCCUAUGGUUAACAAUGAUCGUGAACCAUCAGUUUUCUGGUCUCUGCUCUCCCCUGAUGAAAACCGCGUCCACGCACCUGUUGAAUCAUGUCCUCUAUCUCUGUCCUUCAGUCCAGUGCAGCAACACACAAGCGUGGGACCUCCACCACAGUCAACAACAGGGUUCACCAUGGGAUCAUCAAUGCAACCGAACAUGUUGGACCGCCCAUGGAUGGCUGUGUCUGCGCCGUUUCAACAAACUCAUUACCUCUGAUCUUACUUAAUCCAUAAUACCUACUAAGAAAAAGUAAAUAACACAGAGGUUUGUCAGUUAAAAGAAGAUAGAGAAGAAAAAAACAAACAGAGAGGAGGUUGUAGAUUUUGCCUGUCACCUUAUUAUUCUCUGAUUUGUAAAGAUUGGGGGUGUUUUAGGUGACUUUAAUUUUCUCCCAGAGCUUGAACUUAAAUCAUUAACUAUUUUAUCCAUUCUUGAGAACCGACAAGUCUCCCUUUUGUGUAAUAUAUAUAUUAUAAAUGAGAUAAUUGUUUUU